AUGCCGGAGGAGAGCUGGGUCCGCACGGUGCGCCGCUCGCCGUGGAAGACCGUCUCGCCCUACGUCUUCUCGGUCAUCCUCUUCGCUGUUUUGGCCACCUUCUGCUUUCAGCAGCCGCCGCGGCUCGAGGGACCUGAGGGGGACCUAGCCGAGCUCCAGCUGAACCUCACAGGUCCCCGGCUGGACCCCAGGCUGUGCUGGCAGGCGGGCCCAGCCUUGGGCCGCUCCUUCCAGCGUGGACCAGAGUUGGUCAACGGGCAGCUGCGGGUCGUUCGUCGAGGCUUCUACAGGCUGCACAUCCAGGUGACACUAGCCAACUGCUCCUCUGUGUGGACCACGGUGCCUCCCAAGGCCACUCUGAUUGUGGGCAUCUGCUCCCCAGACACCCACAGGAUCAGCCUGCUGCGCCUGAAUUUCCACCAGGGCUGCGCUGUCACCUCCCAGCGCCUGACAUUCCUGGCCUUUGGGGACACCCUCUGUACCAACCUCACCCUGCCUCUGCUGCCCUCCCAAAAUGCUGAUGAGACCUUCUUUGGCAUUCAGUGGGUGCACGACGAUCACGAUCACGGUUCCUGA